AUGGAGGAAAAGGAGAAACCGGGAGCUUUACAGAAGCUUGGUGAUUUAUGCUGUCCGUGUAUAAGCAAAUCAAAAGAUAAAAGUGAAAAUGUCGAAAAAAAGACUAGUAUAGGAAGAAAGAACGAAAAAAGUAACGACGCGAAAAAUAAAGAGAAGGAAAAGCGUAAGAAAGAAAAUAAGCUGAAAUAUGAACAAAAGCAGAAAGAAGAAGAAAAGAGGAAUGAAUCAGAUAAAAAGAAGGAUGAUAAAAGAAAAGAGGAGGAAAAGCUACGUAAAGAAGAGAAGCUAAAAGAAGAAAAAAUGAAAGAACAACAACAGAAAGAAGAGGAAAUAAGAAGAAAAGAAGAAGAGUUACGAAAAGAAGAAGAGAGAAGGAAAGAAAAGUUAAAAGAGGAACAGAGAGAGAGACAAGAGGAAGAAAAUUCUAAAAAGCAAGAAGGAAAAAGAAUGGAAGAAGAAAAAAAUAAAGAUGAAGAGAAAAAGAAAGCCGAAGAGAAAAAGAUGGCUGAAGAAAAAAAGAAAGCUGAAGAGAAAAAGGAAGCUGAAGAGGAAAAGAUAGCUGAAGAGAAAAAGAUAGCUGAAGAGAAAAAGAUAGCUGAAGAGAAAAAGAAAGCUGAGGAGAAAAAGAUUGCCGAAGAGAAAAGGAAAGCUGAGGAGAAAAAGAUUGCCGAAGAGAAAAAGUUGGCCGAAGAAAAAAAGAUUGCCGAAGAGAAAAGGAAAGCUGAGGAGAAAAAGAUUGCCGAAGAGAAAAAGAUGGCCGAAGAGAAAAAGAUGGCCGAAGAGAAAAAGAUGGCCGAAGAUGAAAAGAUAGCUGAAGAGAAAAAGAAAGCUGAAGAGAAAAAAAUAGCCGAAGAGAAAAAGGUAGCAGAAGAGAAAAAGAAAGCCGAAGAGAAAAAGAAAGCUGAAGAGAAAACUGAGAACGCUAAAAAAGUCAAAUCUACUAAAAAUGUAGACAAGAAAAAUGAUAAAUCAUCUACAAACGUAUCGCCUACGGGCAGUGCGGCAAAAGUAGAAGAAGGGACGGAUGCAUUGUUAGAGGAUGAAGCCAAUAAAGAAAAAGGUUCUGGAAAAGAGACAUCCUCUGCAAAAGAAAUUCACUGGGAAGUCCAUAAAAUCCACUUGGGAGGCAAGGGUGAUAUUUAA